CACCCAGUGGGACCUGGCCCACUGGGAGCGAAGGGCCGUGUGUUGAGGGUUAUGACCCUUGGACGGUCAUCCGUGAGUCGCCGUGGGCGCAGUCGACUUUCGGGUCGUUUGUGCUGGACCCUGAUGAGAGGGUGUACCCCGCUGUGGCGACGGCCGUGCUUCGGGCGGUCAUCAUUGGCAGCGAUGUGGGCAGGCAGCUCCAGUCGGUGACCAUCAGCCACUUCGUCCAGGUGAGAGAGGCGAAACGCUCAGGCAACGAGGGAGGAGUGUUCUCAUUGCCUUUGUCCUUUCAUGUGGCCACAGGUGACGACCUACUUCAAUACCUCGCGAACCCCUUCGCUCCAGCAGCUGGAAAUCAGUCGCUGCUCCAUGCCCUACGUUUGCCAGUCGUCAUCCGUCACCCCGUCCCCUACCCCCUUCGGCCUCAAGACGUUCAUCUGGCGGAAGAACCUGGUCUCCGGCGAGAGCCUGUCACUCCCCACCUUCGUUCCCGUGCUGUGGUGGUGCGAAGGGCUCCAGUGCCUGCAUCUCCUCAACGUGGACAUAUCGCUGCAGAGGAACAACGAGUGCCGGCUGCUCACGCAGCUGCCGCUCCUCGAGGAGCUAGCACUGGAGAUGGGGUCGAGAGAGCUAGAUUUGGCCAUGCUCUUGCGGGCCAUAUUCCGCACCCAGCAUCUUGCAGCGGGCGAUGCAGCGGGCGUGUGUGUGGGUUGAUGAGAUCAGGAAACAGUACAAACGACUCGCGCUGGUAAGAAGGGACGCCGCUAGCACGAGACAAGGGUGCUGCGUAUCUAUCGUGCGGCAUGCGGGGCUUGGUAUGUGUGUGCAGAAGGUUCACCAAGACAAGCCUGGUGGCUCCAAGGAGCAGUCCCAGGAGUUGUCCGAGGCCUACGAGUUUUUCAAGGCUGAGUUUGACAACUGGAACUGGACAGACGAAGCCGCCAAGGUGGGCAGCGCAGAGGGCAUACACGUGGCUGGCCGCCGUAAUGAGUGAAUGGAUUCCUCCUUCGUGUGUGUGUAUGUAUGGUGCGUCAGAGGAAGGCGGAGGACCUUUUGGCCGAGGUAGGUCGGGGAGGAAGGAAGGCACCCGUGUGCGUGUCUCGUGUCUGUGUGUGCACCAGAUAGAUCCCAAGCUCUCAGAGAGAGAGAGAGGAAAAGAUAGCCCGCCGCACGCCGCUUGCCGCUGCCGUAAAAAGGCAGAGCCUCACGAGCAGACGCCUCGACGUCCCCGAUGUCUACGCCGACUCCAGGGGGGCCCACGUGUGGAAGUUUCUGCGCAUGAAGCGCGAGCACCCUGCGGUGAGCAAGAGACGGGAGGCACACCGGCACACUGGCAGGCAAGACCAUCAACAAUUCUUGUUUGCGUACUUCCUGCAGGAGUGCAAGGCCUUCCUGGAGUCGGUCCGGGACAUGAAGCUGAUGAUGCUCAAGUACGAUGCCGACGCCGAGCAGGUACGUACGUACAUCGCACACACAUCCAUCUGCACACAAGACACGACCAACUGAUCCUCUCUGCUGUGCUGUGCUCUCUGGGCAAUCCGCCGUUCUGCAGAAGGAAGCUGCCAAGACCUCCACCGCCCACCCCAGCCAGCACCAGCAGCAGCCUGCCGGCACCACCACGAAGCUGCUCGUUAGGGCUGGGGAGUGGGGUGAGGGCGCCGAUGGCUAUUAUGCCAGCGCCCUCACCCAGUGGGACCUGGCCCACUGGCAGCGGAGGGGGGCGUGUUGGGUGGUCACGUGGACGGUGCCCGAGGAGGGGUGCUGA